AUGAAGGUGUGGGGAGCUUGCUUUUUUGUUGCGUUACUUGCUGGGCUGAUCAAAAAAAAAGUUGAAUGUAUUGAACUUAGUGCCAGCGAAAUUUCCCCUCAUGAAAACAAAUCGACGAGUUCAUCAAUAUUCCAAGAGGAAUUAAAAUUUGAUAAGUCUCUGAAAAAUUUUUUCAAACAAAAUAAUAAGAAUGAAGAUGAGAUAGAGAGGGAUAAUUUCUUUGAUGAAAAUAAAAACUUUAUAAGAGGAGAAAUAUUAUCUGAUAUAAAUAGUAAAUUCCUUGUGGAUAUAUUAAACAAUAGUACUUUGAAUUUUUUGGAAAACUUAAAUUCAGAUAAUGAAGGGGAAAAUAAGGAUUACCAAAUAGAACUUGAGGAAAAUUGUUCGCCCUUUUAUUGUGAGAAAAUUAUGAAGGCAAAGGAAAUUGAACGAUUGGACGAUACAAGUAGCUCAGAAAAUGUAAAAAAUGAUGAUAAUAAAAAUAUGAGUGGUGAUAAUAAUAAUGAUAAUAAUAAUAAUAUGAGUGGUGAUAAUAAUAAUAAUAUGAGUGGUGAUAAUAAUAAUAAUAUGAGUGGUGAUAAUAAUAAUAAUAUGAGUGGUGAUGAUUAUGUAGAAGGAAAACAAAACAUAAAUAGAAAUGAAAGAAACAUAGAACGACACAAUAAUAAUGAUAAUAAUAAUAAUAAUUUGGUAAAGAAUAUGAACAACAUGGAAGAAUUUUAUAAUAAUAAUUAUGAUAACAACACUGACGAUGGUGUAGAUGCUUUAUAUUUAAGAUCUGUUGAUGAUGGUGAAGAUAAACAAAGAAUUGUCCUUACAGAUGGAAAUAAUGUAUAUAUUUUAGAAGAAGUUACAAAAAAUGAAAAUAAUAACUCAACAAUGAAUAAGGAUGAAAAUAAUAUUAAUAAAAUUACAAGUGUUGAACAAGAAAUUAAAAUGCAUGUACCAUCAGAACAAAAUUAUAAUGAAGAUAAUAUAUUAGAAAGUUUUAUGGACUAUAUAAAUUUAGAAGAUUCACUUUUAAAUAAUAUUGAUGAUGUAACGAAUAUACAAACUGGUAGAGAAACAAAUAUACGUCCACACAAUAAUACAAAUGAUCAUAAUAAUAACACAAAAGAUUAUAAUAAUAACACAAACGAUGAACAAAAUAAACAACAAUCCCUUUUUGAUGAUAAUAUAUUUAAUCUAAGUGAAGAAGAAUUAUCAAAAAAAAUUUUUGAUGACAUCAAAUUAAACAGUGAAGAUAAAAUCGAAUGUCAUAAUUUUUCAGAUAAUGAAGAUAAAUGUAAUAGUUUUAAAAAAUGUACUUAUGUAAAUAUUGAUAAUAAGGAUACAUGUUUCCUUGAUUACAAUUAUAUGCUCUUCUUAAAAAAUAAUAACUGUGCCUUACAAUCAAAAUCAUCUUUGUUGUCUAUAUCGAAAGAUUUGUUAAAGAAUGAUAUUAUAAACAGACAAAUGUUUCAACUAUUAAGAAAUAGUAAUAACAACAAUUUUAUUUGUGAUACUGUUACUUAUUCUUUUUUAACAAAUGUGGUUGACAAUACAAAUUAUGAAGAAAUAUUUUCAUAA